UAAUCAUCUAUCUAUAUAUAUCUAUCUAUAAUCAUCAUUUUCAGUAGUUUGUAUGUAGAUCUUAAGUGUGCCAUCAAAUUGAAGCACAUCUGCAUAGAACUGUAAUUGCUGAAAUGCAACAAACAAAAACUUUCCUCACGCUUGUAAGGAACCACGACACUAGAAGAGCACAUUUUUUUGGUAUGCCAAACUUGUUACAAAUCUGUGGCUCACCAGGAAACUCACAGAUGUAACUGUGCUGUGUGCUGCAGCCACCCACUGUGCUGCAGUGUCAGCUGGGCUGGAGCUCAGAUCCACCCACUUCCUCUGCACCAGGCCCAUAACUCUGGAGCUGAAGCAAAAUGCAAAUAGGCUGUGCUGAACAUGGUUGCCUUCUGGCAAGCAGAGGGAUGGCGAAAGUAGAACCCCCAGCAUCUCAUUCCUUGUUCAACUUCUGAACCACAAGAUCGUGCUUUUCAUUACCUCUUUCCCCUGGAAGGAGAAAUAAAAUGGAAUAAAAAUCAGGCUAAUUUUCUACAGAAACAGGGGAAAGGAAAUGGAAAGGAUCAUCCAAUUAGUUGAAUUAGUUACAGCUGCCUAAACCCCGGUCCUGAUUUGGUGUGGUUUGUUGAUGCCAAACAGAGGGCAGGACUUACUACUUCUUACUUUUCUAGACUACAAGCAACAUCACUGCUCCUGGAAUACAAGGUUGUCUGGUCACUAUGAACAAUGGCCCAGCUAUACUACAAAAAGGUAAACUAUUCACCGUACAGAGAUCGGAUCCCACUGCAGAUUGUGCGAGCAGAGGCAGAGCUCUCAGUGGAAGAGAAGGCCUACCUCAGUGCUGUGGAGAAGGGGGACUAUGCCAGUGUGAAACAUGCCUUACAAGAGGCGGAGAUCUACUACAACAUCAACAUUAACUGUAUGGAUCCUCUUGGUCGCAGUGCCCUUCUAAUAGCCAUAGAGAAUGAAAAUCUGGAGAUCAUGGAGUUACUUCUGAGCCACUGCGUGUAUGUGGGAGAUGCUCUGCUGUAUGCAAUACGGAAAGAGGUGGUGGGAGCUGUGGAGCUGCUGCUGAAUUACAGGAAGCCAAGUGGUGAAAAACAGGUUCCAACCUUGAUGAUGGACACACAGUUUUCAGAAUUCACUCCAGAUAUCACACCAAUAAUGCUGGCGGCUCACACCAACAACUAUGAAAUCAUCAAACUGCUUGUCCAAAGACGGGUAACUAUUCCACGCCCACAUCAGAUCAGAUGCAAUUGUGUGGAGUGUGUCUCCAGUUCGGAGGUGGACAGCCUGAGGCAUUCCAGGUCAAGGCUGAACAUCUACAAAGCCUUAGCCAGCCCCUCAUUGAUUGCCUUAUCAAGUGAGGACCCCAUCUUGACAGCGUUUCGACUGGGCUGGGAGCUGAAAGAGCUCAGCAAAGUGGAAAAUGAGUUCAAGGCUGAAUAUGAAGAGCUUUCUCAGCAAUGCAAGCGAUUUGCUAAGGACCUUUUGGAUCAAGCACGGAGUUCCCGAGAAUUAGAGAUUAUUCUCAAUCACAGAGAUGAUCAAAGUGAAGAGCUGGACCCCCAAAAAUGUCAUGAUUUGGCAAAACUAAAGGUAGCAAUAAAGUACCACCAGAAAGAGUUUGUUGCUCAGCCAAACUGCCAGCAGCUACUAGCAACACUUUGGUAUGAUGGUUUUCCAGGCUGGAGGCGGAAACACUGGGCAGUAAAACUCUUGACCUGUGUCACCAUCGGACUGCUAUUCCCUGUGCUAUCUGUGGCAUAUCUGAUUGCACCGAAGAGCAGGCUGGGACUGUUCAUUAAAAAGCCAUUUAUAAAGUUUAUCUGCCACACCGGCUCAUACCUAACCUUCCUCUUCAUGCUCCUGCUGGCAUCGCAGCAUAUCGUCAGGACUGACCUUCACAUGCAGGGACCGCCUCCCACCAUCGUGGAGUGGAUGAUCCUGCCCUGGGUUCUAGGUUUUAUCUGGGGAGAAAUCAAGGAAAUGUGGGACGGUGGAUUCAAUGAAUACGUACAUGACUGGUGGAAUCUGAUGGAUUUUGCAAUGAACUCCCUCUAUCUUGCAACUAUCUCCCUUAAAAUUGUUGCCUAUGUCAAGUACAACGGUUCACGUCCAAGGGAGGAAUGGGAAAUGUGGCACCCGACUCUCAUUGCAGAAGCCCUCUUUGCAAUAUCCAACAUUUUAAGUUCUUUGCGUCUCAUAUCCCUGUUUACAGCAAAUUCACACCUGGGACCCCUGCAGAUUUCUCUGGGACGCAUGCUGCUAGACAUCCUUAAAUUCCUUUUUAUCUACUGUCUGGUGCUUCUGGCUUUUGCCAAUGGACUGAACCAGCUUUAUUUUUACUAUGAGACCAGUGCCUCGGAGGAACCCAACAACUGCAAGGGGAUCCGAUGUGAGAAACAGAACAAUGCCUUCUCCACACUUUUCGAGACCCUCCAGUCUCUCUUCUGGUCUGUGUUUGGACUGCUGAAUCUCUACGUCACCAAUGUGAAAGCCAGACAUGAGUUCACAGAGUUUGUUGGGGCCACUAUGUUUGGUACCUACAACGUCAUCUCUCUUGUCGUGCUGCUGAACAUGCUCAUAGCCAUGAUGAACAACUCCUAUCAGCUCAUUGCUGACCACGCAGACAUAGAGUGGAAGUUUGCACGGACAAAGCUCUGGAUGAGUUACUUUGACGAAGGGGCCACCCUGCCUCCUCCCUUUAACAUCAUCCCAAGUCCCAAGUCUUUCUGGUACCUCUGCAAGUGGAUUCACAAUCAGCUGUGCCCAGGCAAUGAUUCUGACAAUGAGCAGAAGAGACAUGAAAACCUCAAAACAUUCACGGAGCGCCAUGCCGAUAACCUCAUCCAGAAUCAACAUUACCAGGAAGUGAUUAGAAAUCUUGUAAAAAGAUAUGUUGCAGCAAUGAUAAGAACUUCCAAAACCAAUGAAGGCUUAACUGAAGAAAAUUUCAAGGAAUUAAAACAGGACAUCUCAAGUUUUCGCUAUGAAGUCCUUGACCUGCUGGGAAACAGGAAGCCACAGAGGAGAAGUUAUUCUACCAGUAGCACAGAGGUGUCUCAAAAGGAUGAAACAAAUGAGGAUAGUGCUGGAGAAAAACCCAAAGUCAAAAGCGUGUCUUUCAAUGUAGCCAACAAAAAAAAGGAUUUCAAUGUAUCUGCGCUAAUUAAAACAAUGUCUGGGAUUGAUAUGGUGGAAGAGAAGCCAAAAAGCAAUGGGAUCAGUAAGCGCUCCUUCAUCCGAAAUGGAAAUAGAGUUCAGAGGCUUUCCAGUUCCAAGAAAGAGUCCUUUAAGAGACUGGGGCUGCUGUUCUCCAAGAUGAAUGGACAUGUACCUGAAGCAAAUUCAGAGCCCAUGUACACUAUUUCAGAUGGAAUUAUUCAGCCACACUACAUGUGGAAAGACAUCAAAUAUUCUCAGAUUGAUAAAGAGAGAGAAGAGAAUUGUUCCAAAAGUGAAAUUAACCUCAAUGAGGUAGACUACAGUAGGAACACAAGACUUACAGGACAGAGCAAGGAGUGCCCUGUGGUUUGUACCAGCUCCCUUCACUGUGCUUCCAGUAUUUGUUCCUCUAAUUCCAAACUUUUAGACUCAUCAGAGGAUGUGUUUGAUUCAUGGGGAGAGGCUUGUGACUUGUUUAUAAACCAGUGGAAAGAGGGGCAAGAGGACCAUGUUACAACGCGACUAUAAGUAAGGCUAUCUUAAUGCCUGUUGGAAGAUUUGGUUGUUAUUAUUUGUAAUUGUUUGCUCUCACCUGGUUCAGCAUUAUGAAUUCUUUUCUGCCCACAGGAUGAAACAAAUGUGAAACUCUGUUAGCCUAUUUUAUAGCUGUCUGCGCCUUCUAUUAUUUUAUUUUUGUUUUAUCUUCACAAAAACUGAAUGGAAGGCUUCACCAUUUACAAAAUCACUGUAAACCACAGUACUCAUUCAGCUGCAGCCAGUCUUUGAAUCCCACAUAAUUCAGAUACACCAGUGGCAGAGUAGAGGAUUCCUCCAGUGCUCUCCUCAUCAACCCAGCACAGCUGGGUUAUCACUCUGCCUCCCGCUUGAAGUCCUCAUCAGCACAUCCAGCUGGUGAGCAGUGGCUUAGCACGAGGCUGGGAGUCAUGUAAAACCUUUUUAGGAAGGGUAGAACUGGCUUCUUGUUUUCUUUAAGCAAUACAACCUCUGAUUCUUGCAGUAGUAUAGUUUUCAGGUCAUUAUAUUCACAUUGUAAACUGUUACCAAGAGACACCUAUGGUCAUGCAACUAGAACACGUUAUGAUUUGCCCUAGUAGGGAGCAGAAUGGCCUCCCAGUGAGGCAGGCAGGGGAAGCCAGUAGCUGGCCUUGCUCCCAACUUCUGCAUUGAUGAACAACCCAAAACCAGAUGUGGCUGCCUGAGACAGAAACCUCAGUGUGGUUCUUAUAUCACUAAUGGUAAACCAAAACCCAGCCCUAAACCUCACCCUUAUACCAAGCUGCAUCUGUUUUUGAAAUUCUUGCUCUUAUUUCCACCGCUUCAUUUGCUUUUUGCUGCCUUCCCAGCCAAUGUCACGUUUCAGGCAGAAGCCACCCACCUGUGAUGUCUCUGGGUCUGUGAGCUGCAUUCCUGAAAAGAAACUGAAGUUAGAGCAGCCCAGACUGGAUCUGGCACCCUGGGAAGUCUCUGCAGUCCCUUUACGAAGGUGCAACAAAAAGGAGCAUGGCAGGAAAAUUACCCUUCUGUUACUGUUUUUUCAAUUGUUUGUUUUCCCCCUCCAUUUCUGCUAGGCCCUGUCCAGGCACUCCCCUUGUUUCAUUUGUCCUAAGUAGCAUCAAAAAGGGGAGAAGAUGCCCCAUCAAGAGCAAAAUGGUUGACACGGUGAUUUUCCACAGUGCGAUACUUGGACUUUGUGUGCUGUUGCUGAGAUACACGGGUGAUUGGCACUCAGUACUGCUUAAGAACUGCUGUUAGUUGGCUGCUUGCCAGGAAGAAGUCAGUGCUGACCAGGAGCUGAGAAAUGGCUGUUCCUUACACCAUGGCUGUGUCAGGCUGAAGGCUCUAUUCCAGGACAGGAACUCCAGGGCUGGAGCACAUCCUGAGGUGUAUUGCCAAAAAUCACCUCUCCUGCAGAGGCAGUGCAGUCCUGCAUAAAUGAGAUGCUGGGGUGCCUGGGCUAUGAUGCUUUGCCUGUUAUGGAAAACCAGCACCUCGUUGGGAUCUUCCUGAGGACACCUAUAGAGAACAACUUUGGGAACAGCUCUUGUAGCAGACGUGCAGAUGCUGACAGGCUUGGCUACAGGAAGCUUUGAAUGCAGAACUUAAGGGGGAAAGCAGGGCUUUAGGCAAGCAACAGCAUUAAGAAAAAAGAGCAACCAGGAAGAGAGACUCAGAAAUGUUCUCCUUGUUAGCAGCAUGCAGCAUACAGCCCAAAGGAUGUAAGCCUCUAGAUGUGCUAGGCGUGAGAGAGCAAAAAGCACUUCAGCGUGAAUAGACUUCAGGCUUUCAUACUUACUGCAGAGUUAUAGCAGCCUUUGACAAUUGCAUCUUCUCUUCCUGAAAGUGAGGCUGAGCAAAGCAUCACAAGGAGACUUGCAGAAUGUUGGGGGUCAGAAGCAGUUUGCUGACUGCUCAGUGAGAAAUCCAGCAAUUCUGUUUUUUACGAGGCAAACCCACCCACCUACGAGAGCUGCAGUUAGAAGCAGCUGAAUGCAGUUCUCUAAGCAGCCCACAAUAAGAACCCACAGUUUAAUAAAUCUAAUGUAGUCUAUUUUUAGAAGCAUGAACAUUAAUGUGAGCUGCUACAGGGAGUAAGGAGAAGGGUUUGAAUUAUUUUAUGCCUCACCUAAACAUACUGCAGCUUAUGAACUCUAGGGCAGCGCAUCUUUACAUUACCAGUGUAACAAGUGGGUAUAAAAACCACCCGAGUUUAGUUGUGCAGAUGAUAUCAGCUGAGUUGGAGGCUGGGACAGAUGCAGGGCUCGCAUCCUCAGACAGCAGAAGAGCUUUUAAGUUUUCCACAAAUCAAGCACACUGGAGCUGGCUCCAAUUAAAAGGCGUCAUUCAAAUUCAGCCCUACAUUAACAGGUACAAGUCUCAAAAUGAAAUGCAAAUAACUGCAGCAGUGCCCCUCAAAAACAUAGAAGUGGCAGAGGGUAAUGCAAAUCCCCUCUGUGCAAAUCGUGUGAGUCAUGUCCUCCUGCUGUGUCCUGAAAGGGCAGGGGUAGGAGCUGCCACAUUGUAAUGGCAUGAUGGAUAAAGCACUGCAAUAAUCUCUUGAUAGCGUUCUGUUGAACAGGAGAGGAACAUCACAGGGCUGCUGGGCUGCAGCUCCUGGGGGAUUUGUUUCAUGACUCAGAUGCUUCCCAGCUAUGAACUAGUUUGAGCUGACUUUCACAUUGAACACAACUGUUUGCUUUGACUAAGUGAUGAAUACAUUUAUCCAGGAGUUUGCAAAAUUGUCAGUCUGGUCUCCCCAAAAGGCCAAAUUGUUUGAUCACAUCUAUGCACCCCAUUUUGUAGCAAUAGGCUUUACAGCAGCUCGUGAAUUAUCAUUACUACUGUUAAGGAGGAGCGUCAGGGGAAGAAACUGAAAGAUCUUGUGGAAAAAAAUACAUUUGAUUGAUCCCAGUCUUACUUUUCCUUUUUAAAAUCACCUGCAGUCAGACUGUUGGGGAUUUUACUUACGUUUUUCCAUUUUCUUACUCUUUCCUUCAGAGGAACGGUUGAAGCAUCUCUCUGCAGUUUGUGCAAGCAGCUGGGGUAGGAGCUUAUGAGACACUGAGCAUCUUCUGUGAAGAGUUAACUUAAUUCUCUGGUUCAGGGUGCACAGCUGUGUCACAACUGGCCUAUGCCUGGCCUCUGUACUGGAUGCUCCAACAACAAUCAUCAUACAUAAGCUAUUUGGAAUUUGGAAUCACACAGGUCUUGAUCACUUGGCCCAUUCUUUAGGUUUCUUGCUCUUCAAAGUAGCUUUAUUUCUCACCUCCCACCCUUGGCAUCACUUUCACCUGGCUUUUUAACCUACAAACAAUCCCCAAUAGGCAGUCAGACCCCCAAACAUGGACCGUCACAGAGCUACAAGGCAGUGUACUCAGGUCAGAGAUUGAAGUUGCUUUAGAAAUAAGAAAUUAAGUAACAUCUCUGCAGAUUAUUUGGAUAAUUGUAUUUGUAUGUUAUUAUUCACGUACUGGUAUAUAUGUAAAUACUCAACUAUUUGUAUAUGUGGUCCCUACAGAAGCAGCAUGCACAGUGACAGAGCACAGGACUAGACAACAAGACUUGAGGUCUGUUCCCAGCUCUGCUACUGACUCACCUGUGACCUUGGGCAAGUCACACAGCCUCUCUAAUGCCUCAGUUUCCCCAUCUGUAAAAUAGGGAUAAUACUACUUACCUACCUCGCAGGGGGGUUAGUUCAUUAUUUACAAGCACUUUCAGAUCUUCGAAUCAAAGGCGCUAUAUACAGUAACUAGUUCAUGCUCAUAGCAGUGGUACGUACUUUUGUCUUCUGAAGACUAAUUCAGGUUAGGAUUUUACUAUGUCUGUUAAGAUAGUUUCCCAUGUAGAAAAAAAAAGCAUGAUUUCCCACCAGGGGAUUUUAGGGCACUUCUGCAGUAGACGGAGACCUGGGAGCCUCAGCUAACUUCCUUGGUUUUGUGACAUGUCUCACUUGGAAGCUCACCUUACUGUACACUUGUGUUUCACCCUUUUUCUAGUGAUACUUGUAACAAUUUUUAAACAGAAAUUGCCACUGUAAGUACUUAUUAUAUAAAUGUAUUCCUAUAUAAAACCUUACCCUUUAAAUAGAUUAAAGCUGGUUGUCGCAACAGACUUCCAGGCAUGGGGAGGUUCCACAGUCAGCCCAGCACAGUUUAUGUGCACACAGAAGUAAAAAAAAUAACAGGAACACAAGGGAAACCUCCACUUUGGAAAAGUACUAACAGCAUAAGCAGGGAUUCCCUUUACUCCAGGGCUAUCUCACCAAGUCAGAAAACCAGGCGAAUACCAACUGCUCUCUCACUAUUAGGUAUAGGUCCUACAACACUUGGAACUUCUCAGUCUUGCUUUUAUUUUUUUCUUUCCUUUUCUAAAGGCCAAAAUCUCACAGAAAUAUAUAUAUAUAUAUAUAUACACACACACACACAC